CAACGCGCGCCCGCAGCAGGACCCCGUAUACAGCAGGUGGCCGCUGCUGUUCCUCAAGAGCGUCACCAUGAUGGUGGGCUCCGUGGACGUCACUGGUCCACUGGCGGGGCAGCUCGACCGCCUUCCCUACACCAGUUACCUUCUCUUUUUCUUGUUCAUCCUCUUCAUCCCCAUCGUGCUGGCGAACCUGCUCGUGGCCCUCGCCGUCAGCGACAUCCGGGAGCUGCGCGCCUCGGCACACCUCACUCGCCUGGCCAGCAUGGUGGAGGCCAUCGGGAACAUGGAGCAGUUGUGUGACUUCCCGCUGCUGCGUCGCCUGGCGGGAUACUGUCGCCUGGACAUCAAGUCAACGCAGGUGCGGCUGUGGCCCCAGCACGACGCCCGCCGCCCGGCAGUCACGGUGGAGACACGCAGGCGACACCCCCACGCCCCUCGACGCCCGCGCUGGUGUGCGUGGCUGCUGCACCGCCUUCACCCGAGCUGCUACCGCGUGCACGUCCCCGCCACGCUGCAGGAGGACGUGCUGGCCAGGGUCGCCGCCAGGGAGGCAGUCCCCGUCGAUCCUAACAAGAUGGACGUUCCUCACGAUUACAAGCUACUGUUUGAGGAGAUCGUCAGGAGACUCAAGCUCCUCGAGGCCUCUCACAUGCACUAGCGCUCCGCCCCCCCACGCCCCGCCUGCUGCAGGACGCGCUUGCUUCUCACCAUGCUGUAAAGUGAGUGUGUUUGUUUGAGCCUGCCUCACAAUGGCUGGCGCGUGCACUGUCACUACACCCAGGGUCGGCAAGACAGGCCCCUGGAAGGAGCGUGGCCUGCCCAGUGCCCACUCGUCCCGGUGUUGUGUUCAUGGCUGCCCCCUUGUUCGUGGCUGUCCGCUCUUUCUUUACAAACAAAAGGCUGACUGCUGUGAAUGCUUUAUGGGGUCUAUUCCAUCUAUUUCA